AUGGCUGACGCGUGUAAAUUUGCUCGUCAUGCGGUAAAUGGGAGAUGGUUCUCUGUUUUUGCCUCUUUUUUGAUCAUGGCUGGGGCUGGCGCUACCUAUCUGUUCGGCACCUACUCCAAAGACAUAAAAGGCACUCUUGGUUAUGACCAAACCACUCUCAAUCUUUUAGGAUUCUUUAAGGAUCUUGGUGCCAAUGUUGGGGUCCUUUCUGGGCUUCUAGCUGAAGUCACACCAACAUGGUUUGUGCUUCUGGUUGGUUCUGCCAUGAACUUUGCUGGGUACUUCAUGAUUUGGAUGGCUGUGACUCGGAGGAUAGCCAAGCCUACUGUUUGGCAAAUGUGUUUGUAUAUUUGUAUAGGGGCCAAUUCCCAAAAUUUUGCAAACACAGGAGCUCUAGUCACCUGUGUCAAGAACUUCCCUGAAAGCAGAGGAGUGAUGCUAGGUAUGUUAAAGGGUUUUGUGGGAUUAAGUGGAGCUAUCUUUACACAACUUUACCUGGCCAUCUAUGGAACCGAUUCAAAGUCUCUCAUUCUUCUCAUUGCGUGGCUCCCUGCUGCUUUGUCUGUGAUUUUUGUGUACAUAAUUCGGGAAAGGAAGCCUGAGAGGCAACCUAAUGAGCUCAAGGUGUUUUACCAGUUUCUCUAUGUCUCAAUUGUUCUAGCUUUGUUUCUCAUGGCUUUGAAUAUAGUUGAAAAGGUGGUUGAUUUCUCGCAAGCAGCCUAUGCUGGAAGUGCUGCUGUAGUUUGUGUUAUGAUUUUCAUACCCCUCAUUAUUGCCAUUAGAGAGGAUUGGUUUCAAUGGAACAUCAAGAAUCAAAACGCAAUGAAGCCUGAUACAGAGGCAGCCGUUGAGAAGGCACUAGAUAUUGCACCAGAAGUGAAGUCAGAAAUUUCAAAAGAGCAAGAGGAGAAGGCUCAAAAAUCUUGUUUCCUUACCAUAUGUAACAAGCCACCGAGAGGUGAAGACUACACAAUCUUACAAGCACUUUUGAGCCUGGAUAUGCUAAUCUUAUUUGCUGCAACAUUUUGUGGACUUGGUGCUAGCUUAACAGCAAUGGACAACUUGGGUCAAAUUGGUGAAUCACUAGGAUAUCCAACUAAAACCAUCAAAUCCUUUGUUUCGCUGGUGAGCAUAUGGAAUUACUUUGGAAGGGUCUUUGCUGGAUUUGUUUCUGAAAGCUUACUAGUCAAGUACAAGAUGCCCCGGCCAUUGAUGAUGACAUUUAUUCUCCUUUUGGCGUGUGUAGGCCACCUCCUCAUUGCCUUCCCCUUCCCAGGUUCAGUCUAUGCUGCAUCAGUGAUUAUGGGGUUCGCAUUCGGUGCACAACUGCCCUUGCUGUUCGCUAUAAUCUCUGAGCUCUUUGGCCUAAAGUACUACUCUACCUUAUUCAAUUGUGGACAAUUAGCAAGCCCUCUUGGCUCAUAUAUACUUAAUGUGAAGGUCACUGGUUUAUUAUAUGAUAAUGAAGCAGUGAAAGAGCUGGCAAAGAAGGGCCUGGACAGAUCAUCGGUGAAGGAAUUGAUCUGCAUUGGAGUACAGUGUUACAGGCUACCAUUUAUAGUUUUGUCUGCCGUGACAUUGUUUGGUGCUCUCAUUUCACUGGUUUUGGUGAUGAGGACAAGGAAAUUUUACAGCAGUGAUAUAUACAAAAAGUUUAGAGAGAUUCAUGGAGUGAGCUGA